UGUUAUGUUAUCUCUCGGCCUGUCUGUAUAGUCCUCUGCCUUUUCCAAAUCCCAUCCCUUUCUGCUGCUGUUACCCUUCUCAUUUCAUAUGAUUAUGAAGCCUUUGAGCAAGAUGGUACCAGGAAUAACCCUUGUGCUUGUGCUCUGUGUCUGUGUGGGACUUACAAACUCAUUAAGGGAGUGCCAUUUCCCUGCAAUAUUCAACUUUGGGGACUCAAAUUCUGACACUGGAGGCCUUUCUGCUGCAUUUGGACAACCAGGCCCUCCUUUUGGAGAGUCCUUCUUUCAUCACCCUGCUAGCCGCUACUGUGAUGGACGCCUUGUUGUUGAUUUUAUUGCAAAGAAGCUAGGACUCCCCUAUUUGAAUGCAUAUCUUGAUGCUGUUGGGUCAAAUUUUAGCCAUGGAGCCAACUUUGCAACUGCUGGAUCCACAAUUAGACCCCAGAAUACAACCCUUCAUCAAUUUGGUGGCUUCAGUCCUUUCUCUUUGGAUGUUCAAUUCAAUCAGUUCAAUGAUUUUCAACGCAGGACUCAAAUUUUUCGCAACAAAGGUGGGGUAUUUGAAAAGUUGUUACCAAAAGCACAAGAUUUUUCCCGUGCAUUGUACACAUUUGAUAUUGGUCAGAAUGACUUAACCGCUGGUUACUUCCACAACAUGUCCACUGAUCAAGUUAGAGCAUGUGUUCCUGAUGUUUUGGCUCAAUUCAAGAACACAAUCAAGUAUGUAUAUAGUCAUGGAGGAAGGUCAUUCUGGAUUCAUAAUACUGGUCCUGUUGGUUGUUUGCCAUACAUCAUGGAUCUUCACCCUGUAAAGGCACAUGAAGUGGACAAAGCAGGAUGUGCAAAACCUUAUAAUGAAGUGGCUCAGUUCUUCAACCGUGAAUUAAAAGAAGCUGUUGUUCAACUAAGGAAAAAGCUUCACUCUGCUUCUAUUACAUAUGUUGAUGUUUACUCAGUGAAGUACUCUCUCAUUAGUCAAGCAAAGAAACAUGGUUUUGGGGAACCAUUGAGAGCUUGUUGUGGGCACGGUGGGAAGUACAACUACAACAUACACAUUGGAUGUGGAGCAAAGGUGAAGGUUCAUGGCAAAGAGAUCCUGUUGGGAAAACCAUGUGAGGAUCCAUCGGUUUCGGUUAAUUGGGAUGGUGUUCAUUUUACUGAGGCUGCUAACAAGUGGGUGUUUGAUCAAAUUGUAGAUGGUUCAUUUUCUGAUCCACCAAUUCCUUUGAAUAUGGCUUGUCAUAAGCACCCUUAGCCGAAUACUUUAGUCCUGCAUGAUGUUAGGGGGUGAGUUCUCACUGAGAAAUUAAACUUGAGUUGUGAACUUAUGCUCCUCUCUCAAUUAUUUUCUCUCAAAUAAAUUGAGAAAUAAAACAAGUGCAUACCAAUUUGAUUGUA